AUGAGUACACUCACUCGACCACUUUCGACGUUGGUUGUCACCGUCUCACUUCUCGCAUUGGUAGCCACUGCAUCGUCAGAUGAUACCAACACUAAAUCUUCUAGCGGUGGGGUCCCUGAGCUUCGCAGUCUGUCAACGUUCGAUAUUUACGAUGCAUUUGGGCUUGUCUUCAUCGCUCUGGGUCUGGCAGUAUCAGCUGCAGGUGGAGUAGGUGGAGGAACCAUUCUCGUUCCAGCAAUGGUUCUCAUCAUGGGGUUCGAUAUCAAGCGUGCAACACCCGUGUCCAAUCUGGCAAUUGUUGGCGGUGCUAUCGCCAAUGCCUGGUUCAACAUUCGCAAACGUCACCCGGCAGUGGAUCGCCCUCUCAUCGACGCCGACUUGUCCUUUUCGAUGAUUCCGCUGGUAAUGGGCGGUGCUGUGGUGGGCACUGUGCUUGCCAAGUUACUACCCAGCUACUUGCUCUCGCUGCUUUUUGUCGUGGUGCUUGUGUUGGGAGGGACUCGUACUGUUUCUAAAGGGAUCAAGAUGUAUCGUGCUGAGAUGAAAAGCUGCAAGGUGCAAACAACGGAAGAGCAGCAAGCAGCGGCGUAUGCGGCUGUGUGUUCGCCAAGCUCGUGCACCGAAGAUAAAUUUGCUGACGAUGGCGGUGAUUCCACCAGCCAUUCCCUACUGAAAGGAACCGGAAGCUUAUCCAACGAAUGUGGUGGAUCGACUGACGAAGAAGUGCUGACUGAAAUCGUGGAAAGGGAACGUCAUUUUUCAUUGACCAAACAUGGAGCCAUCAUGCUCUGCUACAUGGGUAUCGUAGCUGCAAGUAUCGGUGGAGCGGCAGUGUCAUGCGGGGGUAUCACCUACUGGUUGUUACUCAUCAUUGAGCUCCCGUGGAUCGCUGGCUUUGGCGUCUGCACAGCGGUAUACCUCUAUCGACAACACUGCCGUAAGGUGUCUGUCAACUACGAAUUCGCAGCGGGUGAUAUCCACUGGACGAAGAAGACAGUUGUCCGCUUUCCUUUGGCCUGUGCCGGCGCCGGUCUGAUAGCUGGACUGUUUGGUGUCGGGGGUGGAAUCGUCACGGGUCCUCUUAUGAUCGAGAUGGGUAUCGUGCCUGAAGUUGCAUCGGCCACCACAGCACUUAUGGUACUGUAUUCAUCAGCUGCAGCGACUGCCAAGUUUGCCGUGUUCAACAUGACAGCGUGGGACUGGGCCUUGCUCCUAUCCGCAGUAGCGUUCGUAGUCACCGCUGUCUCCCAAGUGAUCAUCUUGGGCUUCGUACGCAGAACUGGUCGCCAGUCCGUGAUCGUGCUGUGCAUCGGCGCGACAAUCUGCAUCGGAGCGGUGCUCAUGACGUAUCAAGCCAUCAAGAGCACGAUACAGCAUGCAGGUGAUCCUUUUGAGGUAAACGUGUGCAGGUAA